UAAACUAAAUCUCUUCUGCCUGUAUGUGAGUCAUAUCCCUCUAUUUCCUGCAUAUUCAUGUGUCUGUCUAAAGGCCUCUUAAACACCUGUUAGAAGGCACCAGCCUCUCAGUCACUGCCAGUAGGGACACAGAGAGAAGACACCAAGUCUCAAUCACUGCCCAAUUGGACUACAGCUGGAAGACACCAACCUUUCUCAAUCACUGCCCAGCUGGACUAUAGACAGAAGGCACCAGCCUGUCUCAAUCACUGCCCAUCUGGGCUACAGACAGACAACACCAGCCUGCCUCAGUCACUGCCCGGUUGGACUACAGACAGACAACACCAACCUCUCAAUCACUGCCCAUCUGGGCUACAGACAGACGACACCAGCCUGCCUCAGUCACUGCCCGGUUGGACUACAGACAGACAACACCAACCUCUCAAUCACUGCCCAUCUGGGCUACAGACAGACGACACCAGCCUGCCUCAGUCACUGCGCGGUUGGACUACAGACAGAAGGCACCAGCCUGUCUGAGUCACCCGCGAUGGGAGGUGCCUGCCUGUCUCAGGCUCAGCUCGGUGGGGCUCGGCACCGUCAGGGGGCGGGGAAGCGGUGUAUCCUCGCUGUACCAGCGACUCUCCUCUGCGUUCGCCAGCGCCAGUCUCGUCCUCGCCAACCUCGCACGUCCCGUCUCCUUUAUUAUUUGAUAUUCGCCUCACGGCUCAGUGGCAGCAGCGAUUUCCGGAUACAGGAGGCAGCGACGUUUCCUGCAGCGAAAGCUUGAACGAGACAACUUUCCUCCAGGAGGGACAAAACUAUGGAGUUAUGUAUAAAACUUAAGAACAUUGUGGCCAUUAUUCUGUGCUGCAUUUCUACACUAAUGAUCUGUAUAACAUGCUCAGGGAUCGACCAUCAGCCUAACAUUAUACUCAUAAUGGCAGAUGACCUCGGCAUUGGGGAUGUUGGCUGCUAUGGAAAUAAUACCAUAAGAACUCCCAAUAUUGAUCGCCUGGCUGAGGAAGGGGUGAUGCUGACCCAUCAUAUAGCUGCAGCUCCCCUAUGCACACCCAGCAGGGCUGCCUUUAUGACAGGCAGAUACCCUAUCCGGAUGGGUAUGGACAAUGGUUACAGAGUCCGCGUCCUUAUGUUCACUGGCAGUUCAGGUGGACUUCCUAAGAAUGAGACAACCUUUGCAGCAAUAUUGCAGAAACAAGGAUAUUCCACGGGCAUUAUAGGGAAGUGGCACCUGGGUGUGAAUUGUGAAACCAGGAAUGAUUACUGUCAUCAUCCACUUAGUCACGGGUUUGAUUACUUUUAUGGCACACCUUUCACCAAUGUGUACGACUGCAAACCGGGAAGUGAAAGUGCCAUUUUUGUGGAUGUUCAAGCCACUGUCUAUCUGACCACUGAAGUGGUCUUUGUGGGACUUCUGACGCUGCUGGUUUUGAGGUGGACUGGUUGUAUCAGUAUUGGUUGGAAGUGGAUUGUAUGGCCUGCGGUGAUUUGUACCCUGCUCUUCGGAUCUUGGUACAGUGUAUUUGGCUUCCUGAGGCGCUGGAACUGUCUGGUCAUGAGGAACCAUCAAGUCAUUCAACAGCCAUCCAAUCCAGAGACUCUCUCAACAAGAAUGACCGAGGAAGCUCUGGGAUUCAUUGAAAGAAACCAGAAGAAGCCAUUUCUCCUUUUCAUGUCACUACUACAUGUCCAUUCUCCCUUCUUUACCACCAAGCCAUUUAUUGGGAAGAGUAAUCAUGGUUCUUAUGGAGACAAUGUGGAGGAGAUGGACUGGCAUGUAGGUCAGAUUGUAAAUUCCAUCAACAAUUUUGGCCUUGCAAAUAAAACAAUUAUCUAUUUUGCCUCGGAUCAUGGCGGUAGCCGAGACUCUGUUGGAAUUAAUGGAGAGCUUGAUGGAGGUUGGAAUGGAAUAUACAGAGGUAAAAAGGGACUUGCUGGAUGGGAAGGUGGGAUUCGUGUCCCUGGAAUAUUCAGAUGGCCGGGCCAGUUGCCUUCUGGUAGGAAAAUUGAUGAACCGACCAGCCUUAUGGACAUUUACCCAACUAUUGUCAGCCUUGCUGGGGCCUCAUUGCCACAGGAUAGGGUGAUUGAUGGACGGAACUUGAUGGCACUACUGAAAGGUGAUGUACGGAGGUCGGAACAUGAGUUUCUGUUUCAUUACUGUGGAAGUGCUUUGCAUGCAGUGCGGUGGCACCCAAAAGGCAGUGACUCCGUGUGGAAGGCUCACUUGUUUACACCCAGAUCCGAGGCUGACAAUUGCUACCGGACUGAUGCAGGGGGAUGCCACGAUGAGUCUGUCUCCUACCACGACCCACCUUUACUCUUUGAUCUCUUAAAGGACCCCUCAGAAGCAAACCCAUUGUCGCCUGCAACGGAGCCUCUUUUCCAUGAAAUCCAAGACCAAAUCCGAUUGGGUAUAGAACAACACAGGAAGACCUUGACUCCCGUGCCUCUUCAGCUCUCUUGGAAUAAUAUUCUCUGGAAACCCUGGCUUCAGCCCUGUUGUGGUACAUUUCCAUUCUGUGGAUGCAGUGAAGAUUCCAGUGAAUCCAGUAAAACACAAGGGCCUGGCAAAUAAUACUGGUGACUGCUUACCUUAUACAAUUAUUGUCAUUCCAUGAUUUCUGCCUGGGAACAAACAAGUGAAAUCCUUAGGGAUGUUGGAAUUGGAAUUGGAACAGGAACAGGUUUAUUAUUGUCACAUGUACUGGGAUACAAUGAAAGACUUAAUUUAGCAUGCCAUCCAUACAGAUCAUUUCAAUACAAGUACAUUGAGGUAGUACAAGGGAAAAUCAAUAACAGAAUGCAGAAUAUAGUGUUACAGUUACAGAGAAAGUGUAGUGCAGAUAUACAAUAAGGUGCAAGGGCCAUGAUGAGGUAGAACGUGAGGUCAAGAGUUCAUCUUUAACGUACAAGAGGUCCAUUCAAGAGUCUGAUAACAGCGCAAUAGAAGCUGUCCUUAAGCCUGGUGGUGCGUGUUUUCAAGCUUUCGUAUCUUCUGCUUGAUGGAAGGGGGGAGCAGAGAGAUUGCCCAGAGUGGGAGUAGUCUUUGAUUAUACCAGCUGCUUUUCCGAGGCAGUGAGAAAUGUAUUCUGUUACCAGGCUUCACCACUGGUGGUUGUACCUUCAGCUGCUGGGGCUUUAAUCUCUGAAGUAUGCCCUCCCACACCUCUCCAUCUAUCUAACCUACCUCUUUGUCCAAACUUGUUUGUUUGCCCUAAAACGUUUCACGUGACUCAGACUAAUUUCCUGUUCUAGUAGUGCCUUGGACCAUUUUGCUACAUUAAAGGUGCUCUGCAGAUGAAAGCUUUUGGUGUUAUUGUCUUUGAAACUCUUCGAUAGAUUUGAGAGAGAUGAACAAGAUCAAUGGUUUCAAUACUCUUGAUAGAGAGAAGUGGAUGAAUUAAGAGCCAAAGGCCACAGAUUUUAAAGAUUGGACAAAACAUAGAAUGGGGAUGUGAGGAAAGUCUUUUUUACACAGAGAGCGAGUUUGACCUGGAAUUCACUGUCUGCAGGGAUGGCGGAAACAGAAUAAAGGCUUCUAAACCUUCUGCACGGAAAUGGACAGACACGAGAGUAUAUGAAAAACACGAUGAUGGUGGAGGAUCAUUGUGUUUUUCAUCUGGAUUCCAGCAUCUACAGUCCUUUGUUUCUCAAGUUUCACGAGAGAGAAUAUUUUGCAGGGCUCUGUGGAGGGAGUGGCAGAAUGGGACCAACGUGAUUGCUGUACUAGACUGAAUGGGCUAAAUGGCCUGAAUGCCAAAUUCUGUGAUUUUAAUCCUUUAAAAAGUAUGUGUUAUGUAGCGUCCCACUAACAUUUUCCCUUCCUUGUGGCUUGGGCAAGAAGAGAAGAAAUUCUUUGUUAUUAUUGAUCAAGUGUCCUGUUGCUUUAAUACACUAGGUAUGACCAUAAUCUGAUCAAUAGUCUUGUCAAGUGAUAAUUUAGCAGUGCAUUUGUUUCACUUAUUCAGUCACAGAAUUUGGGAGCUCGGUGGCAAUGCUGCCAUUUAAUGUCCAUCCUUGAACUAAGAAGGCAACCUCAUUGAUGGGUCUGCAGUCACAUAAAGGACACACUGGGUAAGGAAACUUUUCUUCCCAGGAGAACAUUAGUGAACCCAGGUGUCUUUGUAAGAAUUUCAGAAUCAGGUUUAUUAUCACUGACAUAUGUUGUGAAAUUUGUUGUUUUGCGGCAGCAGUACAGUGCAAAACAUAAAAAUUACUAAAAGUUACCAAAAAAUAAAUAAUCUAGUGCAAAAGUGGAAUAACGAGGUUGAGUUCAUGGGUUCAUGAACCAUUCAGAAAUCUGAUGAUGGAGGGGAAAGAAGCUGUUCCUGAAACGUUGAGUGUGAUAGUCUUGUGGCCAUCAUUAUUGAUACUAGCUUAGUGUUUCGGAUUUCAUUGUAUUUAAAUUCCCCAGUUGCUGUGGUGGAAUUUGAACUUAUGCCUCUGGUUCAUAGUUCAAACAUCCAGAUGUGAGACCAGUAACUCAACCACAUGGUUACCAAACCCCUACUUAUUACUUUAUUCAAUAAUGAUCAGGUGACUGUUACUGAUAUUCUAUUUUGCUUUGUGUUAAUCUAGUUUAAACAUAUUUUUGUAUGGUUUCCACUUAAAAUUUCAU